GGACAUGCCCUGGUCUCCUUGAGUGCCAUGCAUGCAAGCUCCGAGACGAACGGUAUGUCUCGGAGUAAGGCCAUCAAGCAUCGGACUCAACACCGUCGUUUCGCCAUCGAGCAAUACGGUCGCGCCUUAUCCACCCUUCGCCGCCGUCUGACCUCACAAGACCCGCACGUUGCCGUGAUUGCGCUCGUCUGCUGCGUGGUAUUCACCUACCUCGAAGUCCUGCAGGGCAACAACGAGAACGCCUGCGCCCAUCUCACCAACGGACUCCAGAUCCUGUCCGGCGAGAAGGGCGACGCAGCCCGCGCGAUCGUCCACGAUAAACUGCAGGACUACCACCACGCCGACGGGUCGCCGGCCAUGGCGCCGCAAAUGGCCCUCUUGACCGCCAUCGCGCACCUCGACAUCCAAAUCCAAGUCCACCGAUACGUCUCGCGGCAGAGAGACACCAACGGGGUACGGGGCGCCAACCACCAACCCCAGCGCUUCCGCACCCUCGACGAGGCCUGGCGCGAGCUCGACCCCAUCUCCGACGACGCCCUGGGCUACCUGACCCUCGUGCAGCACGCCCUCCAAGACCCAGGAAUCACCGAUGUCUUCCCCAUCCUCAUCGCGCAGCGCAAACUCGCCACCCAGCUCGAAGAGCACAUCGCCGCCUUCACCGAGCUAGCGACCACCCAGCUCCGCCACCCGACCCCCAAGCAAGCCCGCUGCAUGAACCUGAUCCAGAUGCAGCACCGCAUCCUCAAGGCCCACACCUACCGCGCCCUCCGACUGUCCGAGGACGUGUGGGACGACUUCGCCCCGGACCUGAUCGAGGGCCUCGCAUUCGGCGAGGCCACGGUCGCCAGCCUCGAGGCCGAGUUCGGCCCACGCAACCUCCCCACCCUCGUCAUGGACAUGGUCAUCAUCCUCCCGCUCACCUGGAUCGCCCUGAAAUGCCGCGACCUGCCCACCCGCCGCCGCGCCGUGCAGCUCCUCCGCCGCUGGCCGCAUUUCGAGGGCCCCCACCACACCAGCACGUUUGUCGCCCUCGUCGAGGGCGCCGUGGAGCUGGAGGAGGCCCGGCGCGAUCCCCGCACGGGGCUUAUUCCCGCGGAGGCGCUGGUGGCGGACGUCUCGGUCGUGCAGAGGGAGGGCGCGCCGCCGGUGCUGGGGUAUACGCUGGCGCAUCUGGGGGGACUGCACGUGGAGGUGCCGUGUCCGGUGGGUGAUAAGGGGGGUGUUUAGGGAUAUGGUUUGGGUCCGUUAUCC